AUGAGAAGCGCCGAGAGCAGCCGCGCCGACUUACUCUUCCUCAAUUUCAACCAGGAAGCCUCAUGUAUCAGUGUGGGUACUCGCCAAGGGUUCGCAAUCUAUAACUGCGAACCCUUCGGCAAAUGCUUCCAGGAAGACAUUGGGGGCAUCGGUAUCGCAGAGAUGUUGUAUUGCACUAGUUUGGUUGCUCUUGUCGGCGCCGGGGAUCAGCCUGCGUUCUCACCACGUCGAUUGCGUGUGUGGAAUACCAAGACUGGGGCUGCCAUCUGCGACCUGAAUUUCGUUACGGCUGUAUUGGCUGUGCGCAUGAACCGACAGAGGUAG